CCAGACUUUACUGCGCAUGCGCAAUACCCCAUAGAUAUGACGCGUGACCUUGCCUCCUUUAUAAAGGCCUUGGAUAUUAGCUUACUUGGCUAAGCUAGCCGUGUCUGCUUUACUGUGAGUUGUACAGCCAACAUUGACUAUUUAUAUUAUGUGUGGGUAUUACUAUCUGGCUAACUGGUUAGUCAUCGUGACGGCAGUAAGAAGGACAGUCAGCUAGCAGAGGAACCAUGGGACACGGAGUGGGCUGAACCGGAGGGUCUAGCAGCACACACCAAUUGUUUCCCACUGUGGUGUAUGACAUGGCCACGGCCUCAUCUAGAGCUGAGUCUAGCCAUAACCACAGAGGAACGUCACAGCUCCAUGCCAUUGUUUCCUGUGCCAAAAUCAAGAGGAAGAAAAGCCUGUUUGGGACUGCCAUUUAUGUGGAGGUGACAGCGGAGGGGGAGUCGCGCCGCACAGCGAAGUCUCACAGCUCCUCCAGUCCUAAAUGGGAUGAGAGGCUCACUCUGAAUGUAACACCGCACACACAGGUGGAUUUCAAAGUAUGGAGUCACCACACCCUGAAGGCAGAUGCUCUGCUGGGCAAAGCCACGCUGGACCUAAUUCAAGCCUUGGAGCAGCAUGACAGAAAAUUGGAGAAUGUGAAGGAGGUGCUGAAACUGAGCGUGGAGCAGAAGGGAGCUCUGGUUCACACUGGGGAGCUGACUGUCUACCUAGAUGGCUUGACUGUCACUGACCAGGAGGAACUGGCACCGCUUACCAACGGCAAUGCAGCAAAUGGCACCAAAGUCCAACAGAAUGGCGAUGCCAUCCAUGAAAAUGGAGACUCAUCUUCUUCAUCCUCAAGGGCUGCUAACAGCACAGUGAAUGGUACAGACUUGGGCCCGAGGUCAAGUUCCUGUUCGGUCUCCAAUGGUGUGGAUGGUCAGGUGCCUUCCAGCUCCUGCAGCCCUGCCCUUGGUCAUGUCGUCAAUGGAGACGCCACAGCCAACUCCACCCCAGUCCACCAACCCUCAGACAGUGACACAGAGAGUAGAACGGUCAAUGGGGAGUCCUGUGAUGCAGCUCUUGGGUCAUCGUCUGCUACAACAGGUGAUCUGCUGCCCCCUGCAGAUGACCAUGAGGACUGCAAUCAAGAUGCCGCCCUGCCAGACCCUGACACAGCACCAGAUAGCACAUCUCAAACCCUGCCAACCUCCACACAGGCUCCAGCCUCCUCCUCUUCUGCUGCUAAGCCUAAUGAUGGCACUGCUGCUGCUUCCUCCACAUUCACCUCCCCGGCACAGGGGGCCCCCACCAUCACAACCUCCUCAUCAUCGUCCUCUUCCCCCCCAGCAAUCGGCGAAGCAAAUGCUUCAGGAGGUGGCGGUGGUAGCAGUAGUAGUAGCAGUGCAACUGCAACUACAGAUGGGGCCAAGCCCAGACAGCAGACCCCCAAUUCUGGAGCUGCAGAUCCUCUGCCACCGGGGUGGGAGCAGAGGAAAGACCCGCAUGGGAGAACCUAUUAUGUAGACCACAACACCCGAACUACGACCUGGGAAAGACCACAGCCACUACCACCAGGUUGGGAGCGCCGAGUGGAUGACCGGGGCAGGAUCUAUUAUGUGGACCACAACACCCGCACUACCACAUGGCAGCGUCCCACUAUGGAAUCAGUCCGUAAUUUUGAGCAGUGGCAGAGCCAGCGCAGCCAGCUGCAGGGAGCUAUGCACCAGUUUAACCAGAGAUACCUCUACUCUGCAUCCAUGAUGUCUGCUGAGAAUGAUCCUCUUGGCCCGCUACCUCCUGGAUGGGAGAGGCGUGUGGACUCCAAUGACCGAGUGUACUUUGUCAACCAUAACACCAAGACAACGCAGUGGGAAGACCCCCGAACACAAGGGCUACAGAAUGAGGAUCCUCUCCCUGAAGGUUGGGAGAUCCGGUACACAAGGGAAGGGGUUCGCUACUUUGUGGAUCACAACACCCGAACCACCACUUUCAGUGACCCUCGCACCGGAAAGUCCUCUGUCACCAAAGGCCCUCAGAUUGCUUAUGAGCGCAGCUUUCGAUGGAAGCUUGCCCAUUUCCGCUACUUGUGCCAGUCCAAUGCUCUCCCUAGCCAUGUGAAGAUCACCGUCUCCAGACAGACGUUGUUUGAAGACUCUUUCCAGCAAAUUAUGGCCCUGAAGCCUUAUGACUUGAGGAGGAGACUCUACGUCAUCUUCAGAGGCGAGGAGGGUCUAGACUAUGGUGGCUUAGCCAGAGAGUGGUUCUUCUUGUUGUCCCAUGAAGUGCUGAACCCCAUGUACUGUCUGUUCGAGUAUGCCGGCAAGAGCAACUAUUGUCUGCAGAUCAACCCGGCCUCUGCCAUCAACCCGGACCACCUCUCCUACUUCUGCUUCAUAGGCCGCUUCAUUGCAAUGGCACUUUUCCAUGGCAAGUUCAUCGACACAGGCUUCUCUCUGCCUUUCUACAAACGCAUGCUGAACAAGAAGCUGAUACUCAAAGACCUGGAGUCCAUCGACCCGGAGUUCUACAACUCACUUAUAUGGAUCAGGGACAACAACAUUGAAGAGUGUGGUCUGGAGAUGUACUUCUCAGUGGACAUGGAGAUCCUGGGGAAGAUCACUUCUCAUGACCUCAAACCUGAUGGCGCCAAUGUUCUAGUCACUGAGGAGAACAAGGAGGAGUAUAUCAGUCUAAUGGCAGAGUGGAGGUUCUCCCGCGGGGUAGAAGGUCAGACCAAAGCUUUCCUGGACGGCUUCAACGAGGUGGUUCCACUUCAGUGGCUCCAGUACUUUGAUGAAAAGGAGCUUGAGGUGAUGCUGUGUGGCAUGCAGGAGGUAGACCUCCAGGACUGGCAGAGGAACACAGUAUACCGUCACUACACAAGGAACAGCAAACAAAUCAUCUGGUUCUGGCAGCUGGUGAAAGAAGUGGACAACGAAGUGCGACUGCGGCUCAUGCAGUUUGUCACUGGAACCUGCAGGCUUCCUCUGGGCGGCUUCGCUGAACUCAUGGGAAGUAACGGGCCCCAGAAGUUCUGCAUUGAGAAGGUGGGGAAGGACACGUGGCUUCCUCGGAGCCACACAUGUUUCAACCGUCUGGACUUGCCUCCUUACAAGAGCUUCGAACAGCUGAAAGAGAAGCUGCUCUUUGCCAUCGAGGAAACAGAAGGAUUUGGCCAAGAAUAGAGGGAGCAGUCCUCUGGUAUUUCUCUCCCUCCCCCAUCGCUGUUUAUUCAGCCAAGUAAAACAAACUAAAAAAGAAUUGCACAAGAUAACCACCAAUGUAUAUAAGCUAUUUUGUCAUUUUAAACCAAAUCUUAAUUUGCAGCAUCAUUUUUGCAGCAAUCCCGUUCCCCAGCCCUUAAAUAUUAUAUGAUACCCCAUCAUGAAAUAUGCAAGCAUUUCAGCAUUUUUGCUCCUCUGUUUCAAAACAGAAAUCAUGGAUAUUUUUUUUAAUUUCCUCCCCACUGCUGACUGGCUUUUUAAAAGAGACUGAAAGUGUUUUUGAGAGGAUUUUAUAGUUGAAGCGCAAUCUUCUUUUAAAGCUCUAGUUCUAUAGAGCUUCUAAAUGGCAAGAGUAGUAUUGGGGUCAGGUGCCUGAAUUUUUUUUUUCCCCCGUUGGACUCAUAGUAAUUGUUGCAAUUUUUUGCGUGCUUGCAUGGCUGCCUCUAAAGAUGAGAAGACUGCUGUGAUCUACCACCACCUAUACUAUACACACACAAAGGCAUUUUAGCAUGGACGCUCUGUCUCUUAAUGAGCUUUUUUACCAUUAUCAUCGCAAAGGAAAAGUUUUCAGGAUGGACUGAUCUGAAGCAGAGAAUAACCCUCUCAUACAGUUUUUCCCUCAUUGAGAUUCUGGACACCAGCCCAGAGUAAGAAGCACCAUCGGGUCCUCCCUCGGAUGAAGACACGAGAUAAGAAAAAUACUUUGUGGAGAAAGGCUACUAUAUCAAAAGGAAUGUGGGGAUUCAAGGAAAAUAUUCUAAAUCGAAGUAAAAGGGUGAAUUGUGUGUGUGGUGGCUGUGGAGACUGUGGUUCACAGUUCUGAUGGGACACUGGAUCUGUUCCUGGCCACCUAGACUGCAGCCCACUGCUUCAGGUGGCAAGUAAGAUACACACCAGGAUGACACACUCACCGUUUUCAUGUAAAGACUGAGCUGUUUGGAAAAUUGUCACAACAAAAGAGACAAAAAACCGACUCCGGCUCAAUGGGUCGUGGCUGAUUAUCUUUUGCCUCUUUUGAGUUUUGAUCUAGGACUGAAAAGUGUCUCAAGUCCUAUGAAGCCACUGUGAUUUACAGAGCAACAGACAUGAUUAUGCUUAUUUGAUAACUUGAAGAUCACAUUUACUUAAACCCCUCUGUUGUAGACAAAUACUGCUACAGUGCAUUUUGCCAUAAACAUUAUCACUGUAACAUGAUGCAUACCAAAUGAAACCUGACAUUUUAAUCAUUAAAAUCUGAGACAGUAUAUGAUAUCUGGCCAUCUUGUGUUGUAAUAGGGUCCAAAGGACAUCUCUUUCAAAUGAAUGUACAUUCGUACAGCUUCUCACUUAUUACCAACUAUUAACUGAUUACAACUGAAGCCGAUGCGGCAUAAAAAUCCUAGCAUUAUUGCAAAAAUGUCAUCAUUAUGGCAGUAAAUGUCCUUUUUAAAGUUCUAAAAAAACAUAUCAAAUUUCAUGUCUUGAAUGACUUGAAAGCAACUUGUAUAAAUAUUGCAUGCAGGCAGCACAGACUUUAAACUGGCCAGGUAAAAUAAAAUAAGCAUUAAACUAAUUUUUUGAGGGGCUGAUGGGUCAACUAAAAAAUCUGGGACUUCUGAAAGUAUUUAGUGGGUCAUUAACCUGUAUGGUAUUGUACAUACAGUGUGUAUCUGCUAUUUGGCUGUGCAGUCAAUAGCGUGACUGCAGAUAAGCUACACAAAAUAACCUUCAAGCCAUAGUGCUGAGCCCUCUUUCCUGAGAUCAUCCAAUUUAAUUUAUUCAACCCAUGUUCAAUCUCAUUCUCAGGUUUUGUGCUGAGGUGAGAUAGCCUUAGUUUAAUAAAGAUGUGUGUGUGUGUGAAUCAGUUAAGUUGCGGAAAAAAUGAAAACUAGCCUUCCACACACAAAUAAUGAUUAUAAAACGUAAUGAGUUAAUGAGACACUAAAGUGCCACAGACCAAAUAACGUGUGGAAACCUUCCACAGCUAACUCCUCCGCAGCCGAAGUCCUGCUUGGAGACUGACACAGCAUUGCAGUGCUCUAUGUUGUGCGUUUUUGUUUUUGCACCCCCCACUUUCCCCGUGUCCUUUCUUUCCGUUUAAUGCUUCAGGGGACAUGUCCUCUGUUUUUCAAAAUGUUCCGUCUAACUCCAUUGUUUCUAAACUCUGGUGCUUAUUCUUUCAGUCAGUGGUCUAAACGCAACUAUGGCAGUGGCAGGCCAUUCUCCUCGUUUCCUCUAGCAUCGUGUUUAUUUCAGACCACUGCAAACAGCAGCAAGCUGCUUCAGACUUUUUCUAGUUAUCAGUCAUGUAUAUAACAUGUAUUCAGCUGUCCCUGUGGAAGAGCUGGAAGGAGGGACGACAGUAUGAAGAAAAACAUUUACUGUAGCAAAAGGAGCCGACUUUUAAGAGAAGUCCAUACUGCAUAACUCUGUGCUUCCUUUUGAACAGAAACCUGUAAUCAAAGAAAAUCAACUGUGUAUGUGAAUAUUCAUUGUAUAAAGAUAAUGAAAGUAAAUAAAGUACUUAAAUAUUAUAAUUAAUUACACAGAGCCGCCGCUCCAUUGAUGGAAAUCUGUGAUGCCUUUUGUUCUUAUCAGAAAUAGAUGGGACGUUUCGGGUUGCCUUCAUUGUAGCCAGUACCAAGAUGAAGUAUCACCUGGACAGGUGUAUUCUCUCAAAGCAAAGCUGAUUCACAGUACUGUCCAUCAUUUCAGUACGUGAUGAUGCAGCAGGGAACUUAUUACUGUGCUGACUGCGGUUUAGGCCGUCUGAAACGCAUCCAAACUGUAACAUAUCGCGUGUAGAUACACACUGUAAACACCAACUACACUGUACAGAAUGCCCCUUUACUGGAGACGAUGUGUAUAGAAGAUUCAUUUUUAAUCUGCUUUCACCCAUUUUAAUGAAGAGAGAUGGAUUUAUGAGAUACAAAUAAAUAAGUGAAUAAACCCCCUCCAUGACCAUGCUUUCUUUCUUUUCUUUUUUUGUUGUGUGAUUAUCGGGGGAUGAGAGGCCUUCUGCUCAGGAUUCACAACAAAACUGUUGGCGAUUUUUAUUCUGUUCUUAAAGAAAAAUAAAACAAUGUACUCUUGAUUUAUCCUUUGUUUUGAUUGGAUCUUGCCUGUGGAAAGAACCAUAUUUAAUAAAUGUAUCUGACCAUC